UAGCACACGUGGUACUUUUUAAUAGAUUAGUGGACAAUGGCCCAGUAUGAUCUGUCGUCUCGAAUAGGGACUUGUCUAGACCGCCAUCUUGUCUUUCCUAUCCUGGAGUUUCUGUCUGAGAGAGGACUUUACGAUGAGAAAGAUAUAUUACAUGCUCGUCUUGAAUUACUGAACAACACAAAAAUGGUUGAUUAUGCUGUUGAUGUGUACAAGACGUUACAUGGUGAAGAUGCUCCUGUACCUCAGAAUAUGCUGGCAAUGAGAGAGGCAGUGGUGUCAAGGCUCCAAGAGUUAGAGGAACAGAUUGAGCCGAUUGUUGAACUGUUUGAAGAUACUGAAGUAGCUGAACACAUGAAGAGGGAAGAUCAGAGUCUUUUUGAUUACCUCGCACAAAAUCAUCAGUUUACUCCUGCUAGUGUUGAUCUGAUCUAUGAUAAUGCUAAAAUCAAAUACGAUUGCGGGAAUUAUUCAGAAGCAGCUGAAUAUUUGUACUUUUACAGAAUUGUGGCUCCAGUGGAGCACAAGUACCUAGUGAGUGCUAUGUGGGGAGAGCUCUCCUGUGCUAUUCUUAAUCAGAACUUUGACGCGGCUCAUAAAGAACUUGUGAAACUAAGAGAAGAGAUAGAGCAGGCGUCAAGUACGUCCUCGCUCAUGAAACUGCAGCAGAGGGCGUGGCUUGUUCACUGGUCACUUUUUGUUUAUUUUAAUCAUCAAAAUGGACCGGAUGACAUCAUCAACGUGUUCCUACACCAGCAGGAUUAUCUUAAUGCCAUACAGACCUCUUGUCCUCAUAUCCUUCGUUACAUCACAGCAGCUGUGGUCAUCACUAACAGGAGACGACCGACCAUCAUCAAAGACCUUGUCCGAGUUAUAAGACACGUAAUACUAUCAACCUCAUAUUUUUAUUUAUUUAUUUAUGUCCUCAGUAAUGAUUUCUUUCUUGUUGCUUGUAAGGAUGAGUUUAUGGACAGUGCCCAGCAGAUGAUAUUUGAGACAUUCUGUCGCAUCCAUCAAUGCAUUGGGAUCAAUAUGUUAGCUACUAAAUUAAAUAAGUCACCCGAUGAUGCUGAAAGAUGGAUUGUGAAUUUAAUACGAGAGGCAAGACUGGACGCUAAAAUUGAUGCCAAGAAAGGUCACGUGGUAAUGAGUCCACAGCCCCAGUCCAUAUACCAGCGUGUUAUUGAUCGUACUAAGUCCAUUGGUUUCCAGACCCAGUUCCUGGCACAGUGCAUUGAAAAGGUAUCGGUUGGUACCUCGAUGAAGACAAGAGCUCAUUUGGAAGGAGGAGGAGCUAGAGGAAGUCGUUCUGUUACCUGGGCUCCUGAUGUUUAAAUGAUAGCAUUAAUUAAUAAAUUAAACUGUUUACAUUAAUAAUAAUAAUAAUAAUAAUAAAACAAUAA